CCAUAGCCUCUGUCGUUCACGCAGGAAGAGACGCGAGCCUCUGUCAGGAGCAGGAAGCUGCAGUCACCGAGCCGCAGGAAACCGCCGGGUCCUGCGAGGAGCCGGAUUUUACGCUCGGUCCGGAGCUCGUAGGACCAGUAGAACGGGGCUGUGGGUCUGGACCCGAGCUGUACCACCACUCCGUCCUCGUAGCGGCGACACAACACGGGCCCCGCGCCCCCGGACAGCGAGCAGAUGGAGAAGCCGAGCGCAGCUGCCGCCGCGGCGGACGGGGCCGCGCCGAGCAGGAAGAACUGGGGCUCGGCGACGUGCGGACCAGCCGCCGGGGACUCCGCGGACGGCCCCACAGGUUCCCAUGUGGAGUGGUGUAAACAGCUGAUAGCGGCCACCCUCUCCAGUCAGAUCUCGGGCGCAGUUCCACCUGACGUUGUGAACAGAGAGAGCAAGGUUGGGAGGAGGGUGGACUUCGCGAUGUCAAAGAGGCUGAUCACCCGGGAUUUAGAUGAUGAAGGGCUUUGUUACUGUGGAGAAAGUGAUUCUGAGCAUCCUUCCAAUGCUUCGAACCUUCCAUCCAUGAGAUAUGGGGCACAAACCAGAAUGUUCCAGAACCAGGUUCCUUUGCUGCCAGGAGAGACUAUUCAGACAACAGUCAAGGAUGUGAUGUACAUCUGUCCAUUCAGUGGCCUGGUUAAUGGGACUCUGACCAUCACAGACUACAAGCUGUACUUCACCAGUGUGGACAGGGAGUCUCCCUUCAUUCUGGAUGUAAACCUGGGAGCCAUAAGCAGACUUGAGACCAUUAGCGUUGCUCAUCAGGGAGAGAACACUAAAGGACUUGAGCUGGUCUGCAAGGACAUGAGGAGUCCCAGGUUUGCCUAUAAGAUGGCAGAGAGCCUUCCAGAUGUACUAGAGGCUGUGACCAAACAUGCCUUUCCUCUCUCACACAGCCUGCCCCUCUUUGCCUUUCUGUACAAGGAGCAGUUUCCUGUAGAUGGCUGGAAGGUGUAUGACCCAAUAGCAGAAUACAGGCGUCAGGGGCUCCCCAACGAGAGCUGGGCCAUCAGUAAGAUGAACAGCACCUAUGAGCUGUGUGACACCUACCCCUCCAUCCUGGUCAUACCCACCAACAUCUCAGAUGAAGACAUCAAACGAGUGUCUGUGUUCCGAGCCAAGCAUCGGAUACCGGUGUUGUCUUGGAUCCACCCUGAAUCUCAGGCCACCAUCGUUCGCUCCAGCCAGCCCUUAGUUGGACCUUCAGACCGUCGCUGUAAAGAGGACGAACGCUUCCUCCAAAUCAUCAUGGAUGCCAACGCCCAGUCCCACAAGCUCACUAUCUUUGAUGCCCGGCAGAGCAGUGUGGCAGUCACCAACAAGGCCAAGGAUGGAGGGUAUGAGAGCGAAAGCUUCUACCCCAACGUGGAGCUUAACUUCCUGGAAAUUCCUAACAUCCAUGUGAUGAGAGAGUCUCUGAGAAAGAUGAAGGAUGUGGUUUAUCCCACCAUAGAUGAAGCCCACUGGCACUCUGCUAUCGACCAGACCCACUGGUUGGAGUACAUACGGCUUUUAUUAGCAGGAGCAGCAAAGAUAGCCGACAAGCUGGAGUCUGGGAAGACGUCUGUGGUGGUUCACUGCAGCGAUGGCUGGGACCGGACCUCUCAGCUCACCUCCCUGGCCAUGCUCAUGCUGGACAGCUACUACCGCACACUCCGAGGAUUCCAGGUUCUGGUGGAGAAGGAGUGGAUUAGUUUUGGACACAAGUUUGCUGCACGUGUCGGCCACGGUGAUGAGAACCACGCUAACUCGGAGCGCUCCCCUCUCUUUGUCCAGUUCAUUGACUGCGUUUGGCAGAUGACUCGACAGUUCCCAGCAGCCUUUGAGUUCAACGAGCUGUUCCUGAUCACUGUGCUGGACCACCUCUACAGCUGUCUGUUUGGUACCUUCCUCUACAACAGUGAGGGGGAAAGGGCAGCAAAGGAAGUGCAGACCGAGACUGUGUCUCUGUGGUCUUACAUCAACAGCCAGCCGGAGGACUUCACUAACCCCUUCUUUGUGGACUAUGAGCACCAUGUUCUGUAUCCACUCAUUUCCUCCAGACACCUGGAGCUGUGGACCAGCUACUACGCUCGCUGGAACCCACGCAUGAGACCACAGGUGCCUGUGCAUCAGACUUUGAAGGAUUUGCUGAUCCUGAGAGCAGAGCUGCAGAGAAGGGUGGAGGAGCUGCAGAAAGAGGCCUUCGCCCACUCCCUGCCCUCCUCCCCUGAACACUCCUCCUCCCCCACGCACUCGACAGGAACUCCACUGCACACUGCCGUGUGACACACAGAUGCACAAUCACCCUUUGCCAUCACAUGGAGUUACAUCUUGAGUGUGCCGUUUUUUGUAUUAACAUUCCUACCUUUGUGCAAAACGUUUUAGGAAACCGAAUUCUUGUUUUUAUAAAGUAUUUAAAGAAAGUAUUAAUAACUAGACUGAAAUGACCAACGGUGACCUACGGUCAUGAUUUAAUAUUUAUAUUAAUAACAUUAUUUAAAAAUCUCCAAAGUCCAGAACAACCAGCUGCAGCAACAUACUGUUUAUUUAAAAGCUGAUCUCAGUUCACUGCAGUGAAGGUGGCACCAGUAUUUCUGCUGUUUUUCUUGUUUUGUUUUUUUAUUUUGCAUGAUGAAAGUUCAGGAGAACUGACCUGCAUACAAAGAUGGCAGACAAGAGGAGGUAGCUGAUGUUACCUAGAGCUCUCUCAGCUGAUGAGACCCAAGGAUGAGUGUCUGCAAGGUGUCUGUAGAGGCGACUUAACGCUGUGCUGAGAGUUUAGUUUGGCCUGUUGCAGCUUCCAGCCGUCCUGUCAACCCUCUGUUGAUCUUUGUCUACAGAUCAGUUCUGCUUGAAUUGUCUCAGGGCUGUUUUUCAUUAGAUGUUCUGUAAAUAAGUGCAGUUGCCGUUUAGUAUUUUAAUAAAACCACUGCACACUUUCUCACACUUCUUUUUUCAGUGUUUCAAAGGUCAGUGACGUUCUCCUUCAGAACAGUAUGGCUUCGUCUGCAGUCCUCUUACAGUUGGGACUGUCUCUGUCUGUGAGUUUGUCUAAUGAAAGUGUUCCACGUUCCAGUCCUCACUGGUCCCAUGUUCCUAAAGUUGAGUGUCUUGUUUUUCUGUUGCUGGUGUCGUUUUUACAGUGUAACCUGAACAUCACCUGUGGAAGCUAAACGUCAUGUAUAAUAUAUGCUAAACACAAACCUUCUGACAUUCCACGUGAAAAAUAAAAAAAAGAUUCAAAACUCCA